CGAAACUUCGCAGCUUAACGGAAAGUGUGAUUGAAAAACUAGUAUCUAAUGAAUGCAAGAAACGAUUGGAUACGUCUUGGCCAAUUUGUGAUUCGUGUCGUUUACAUGCAAAUAAGUUGAAUCUUUCGGACAAUGAGAAACGUAUAUUGUUAGAAAAUGUAGGGCUGCGUGAGCGAACGCCAAAGGAAUCACAACAACGACAACGACUCUCAACAACGAGGAGUAAGACUAGCAUCAGGAUGGCUUCCGAAUGUGUUCGCGAAACCGAAGGAGAUCUGUUCGCGGCUCCCAAAGACCAUUCGUUGGCACAUUGCGUGGCAGCAGAUUUGAAGAUGGGCGGAGGAAUAGCGGUUAAGUUCAAACAAGUUUUCAAACGAGUCGACGAGUUAAAGGCCCAGAAGGCGGGUGUCGGUGGUAUGGCAGUUCUUAAGGACGAUCAACGCUACAUAUAUUAUUUGGUCACGAAGAAAGCAUCAUAUGAUAAACCGACCUAUGAUGAUCUAUCGAAGUCAUUGAAGGCAAUGAAGCAGCAUAUGACCGACAAUGGAGCAAACAAACUAGCAAUUCCCCGCAUUGGAUGCGGCAUCGACGGAUUAGAGUGGCCUAAAGUAAAAAGUAUUUUAAAUGACACAUUUGGAACCGAGGGUAAUUUUGAAAUCGUGGUUUAUAAUUUUGUUCCCAAAUAGAUUUUGAACUAUCUUAAUUAGAAGUGCGAUAGACUAGUGGUAAAGUUCCUUAAAUCAACUCUCCUCCAAUAAAAUAAUCUCGAAACUUCUAAUAACGUUAUUCGAUAGAGUACAAUUCAUCAAA